CGAUGUGAUUGGCCCGCAAACGCCACUUUGGCCCCAGUGGAGACCGACGCCCCCACAACCACUUUGGCCUCAAUCACCACACCUGGAGGCUGUCCUGUUUGUUCCUGUCCAACACAAAGACCCACUGAUGCCCCUACAGAAGCACCUACCGAUGCCCCUACACAAGCACCUACCGAUGCCCCUACACAAGCACCCACCGAAGCACCCACUGAUGCCCCGACUCAACGACCAACAGCUGCCCCCACACGCCCUCCGACACAACCACCAACUCGACCUUCAACAACUAGUAGACCCCGACCUACUACUACUAGACCCAGACCUACUACUACUAGACCCCGACCUACUACUACUAGACCCAGACCUACUACUACUAGACCCAGACCAACCACACCGAAGCCCACAAACCCGGCCCCACCACCCUUCCAGUGCCCCCGAGAGGACAUCAUA